CACUAUUUGCAGUAUUCAUUAGUGUCUAAGAAAAUAUGGCGGGACCCACGUUUGACGGUGAACUGGAGAGUCUGACGUCACGCCAAAAAGAAUUUGUGAGCGAAAUCUUGCAGAAAAGAGGUCUCAGAGCUAACAAAGUGAUCGUAGAAACACUCGGACAAGCUGGGGACAACUAUGUUGCUAACGUCAAGAAGAUUACAGCAGAACUAGAUAAUGGAGAAACAGCCACAAUGAUAGCAAAAGUUGCUCCCACGAAUGAAAUGUUAAGAAAUUCAAUGGGCACAGUUGUGCUUUUCGGAAACGAGUGCACCAUGUUCGAAGACAUUUUACCAAGAUUGAAGGACUUACAACAUGUGGCUGGAUUGACAGAAGAAGAAUCCUUCCGUGUUCCUCAAUGUUAUGGAACACUGUCAGAGCCUAUGAAUGAAAUUAUACUUUUAGAGAAUUUGAAAGACUCCAACUAUGAAAUGUUGGAUCGCUUUACACCUCUUACAAACGAAUGUGUAAGAGAAGUCCUUAAAAGUUUUGCAAAAUUGCAUUCUUUAUCAUUCGCAUUGAAGAAAAAAGAUCCUGACACAUUCGAGUCAUGUAAUGCAAAAUUGCAAGAUUUCUUUUCUUUGUUAAGUGCCAAUCCAGAUUUUCGCAACUUAUUAACUAAUGUUGAGAAAGAUAUGAUUUCAAUGAUGGAUAGGGACUACUAUAAAAAGGCUGUUCGCAACAGCAUCUCUCAACUUGCGGAGCAACAUGCGAAGAUCAUCAAAUACGAUCGCAAUUCAAGGUACUCAGUUGUAACACAUGGCGAUAGUUGGACCAACAAUAUAAUGUUUCGUUUAAAGGACAAUAUUCCAGUGCAUGCAAUAUUGAUCGACUUCCAGUUAUCUACUGUUGCUAGCCCUGUUUGUGACUUACUGUACAUGAUCUUCAGUUCUACAGAUCAUAGCACAAGGCACCAACAUUAUUACGAAUGGAUAGACCUUUAUCAUUCUGAAUUGGACAAUUGUCUAGCUAAUUUUGGGUUGAAAGCCAAUCUUCUGUAUCCUAGAGAUCAACUCGAUGCGGAUCUAAGAAGAUAUUCUAAAGCUUUCUUCUCUUCUUCAGUUUUACUUUUCACGGCAUUAAUAAGAAAACCCGAACAGGCCGUCAAAAUGCAAAAAUCAAUGGAAACUAGUAAAGAUUUACAAGAUGUGUCAGCAGAAAUUAUGACACUAGAUUUGGAGUCUAUGGCUUUAUUUAAAAGUAAGGUGGAGGGUUUAGUUGACAGUUAUCGUGAAUUUGGUUACAUUGAGUAACAUUAUAUUAAAUUCGAAAAAAAAAAUAUAUAAUAUAUUUAGAGUUUCACACAAUAAUAUAGUAAGUUAUAUUCAUGACUAUUCUAAUCUUUCUAGUAGGUUUAUAUAGAUUUUUAUAUAAAAGCAAUAAAUGAUUUGAAUUGAA